CGUAGUUAUUAUGAAUGAACGAAUAUGCACAUUCAUCACAACAAAGUAAGUUUGGUUUCGGUAUGGAGCUGUAUGCUCCAUUUGUCACGUAGUCUAUAGUAGCUGAUGUUGCCUGCGUGACCCCUGAACUCGCCUGGGAACAGAUCGCGCGAGACAGCUGACAUUUGUUUGACCCAGUUUCGAGACACCAUUGUGAGGGUUGGCCGAUGAAAGAGGAAAACCCAGAUUUUGUUGCUAUAUAGUCUAAAUUCUGGGUAUAGUGAUAGGGAAACAGCAGCGAGUGAUAGCUUCGCUUCCAAUCGGGACUCAGCUCAGGUUUUUGUUUUGAUCUGUUUGUAUCUGCCGCGGUUUUAAGGACAAAUUCAUAAUCUUACGGUUACCAGCUUCUGGUUCUUCGGUGUCGCUCAGCCAGCUGGUGCUUAUCCAGUCAAACCUAGCUGCGAGUUCAGACAGAAAACCACAAUGUGUCCUGUAUUAAACAGAGUAAGACCUAUCCAUCGGGCUGUAGCUCUGUCGCUUCGUCUCGGAGCCAACACCGAGGGCUCGAGUUAUGCGGCAACCCAAAGCAGGCGCCUCUUUCCCGGCAAGAAUUCUCCCGUAGUCCUUCAGGGGAACGUCAGGCUCUACUGCUCCAGCAUGGCGAAGACGAAAGGACUGCUCUUCAGACAACUGUUUGAGGUGGAGAGCAGCACCUAUACCUACCUGCUGGCAGACGCGAACACCAGAGAGGCCAUCAUCAUUGAUCCUGUGCUGGAGACAAUUGACAGAGACAUAAACCUGGUAAAGGAACUGGGGCUAAAGCUGAUACUAGCAGUGAACACCCACUGCCAUGCAGACCACAUAACCAGCUCUGGGUUGAUGAAGAAAAGAAUUGCAGGACUGAAGAGUGCCAUCUCUAAAUUCAGCGGUGCCUCUGCAGAUGUCCUGCUGUCAGAGGGCGACAAAAUCCACUUUGGAAAACAUUACCUGACUGUUAGAGAAACACCGGGACACACGGAUGGGUGCACAACCUUCGUGUCAGCAGAUGAAAGCAUGGCUUUUACUGGGGAUGCUCUGCUUAUCCGAGGCUGUGGCAGAACAGACUUCCAGCAGGGCUGUGCAAAAUGCCUUUACGAUUCAGUCCACGACAAGAUCUUCACGCUGCCUGAUGACUGCCUCGUCUACCCAGCACAUGACUACUUAGGUCAGACUGUUUCCACGGUUGGUGAAGAACGCAAGUAUAACCCUCGUCUCAUAAAGUCGAAGGACGAGUUUGUGGAGAUCAUGAACAACUUGAAUCUCCCAAAGCCAGAUAAAAUAGAUAUUUCAUUGCCUGCUAACCUCGUUUGUGGACUCCAUUGACUCUGAAUGUUUUGAAGAAGGAAACAAGAAAAAAAAUCAUAAAGUCAGUGACAUAGCUACAGAAUAAUUUGCACAAAAAUUUGUUUAAGCAAACCUGACCUCAAUAGCUUUCCAUAAAGUGCUGUCAUUAUUCUUUGUAGUUAUGUAUUUGAAAAUCUGUAAUUAUUUGGAGUGCAGCUACUGAUGUAACUAUAACUGUGCUUUAAAUGAAAAUGGAAUGAAAUCUAAUUUGAUUGGAAAAAUAUUGUAACAGUGCUUUUGGUUGUAAAAGAACUAACAAUUUUUGUAUUACGCUUAAUGUGUUCAAUGUGUGUGUUUUUUAUCUAGAAUAUUUUAACUUGUAAUAUGAUUUAAGGAAUGAAUGAACCAAACAUUUUUAACUAAGGGAAAUAAAAGCCUUCAAUGUUUGAUUUCAUGGCCAUGUUGCUUUACUUGAACAGGUGACUUCUUUUGCAUGGGCUAUUCAAUGGUGUUUUUUCUAAUAAAAUAAAUUAUUUAAUCACCCACACUUCCACCAGUCACAGGAUUAUGAAGAAGUUGUUUUCAUUGGAGAACAAUCUAGGGAACCUUGUAAUGACCUUUAGCUCUUGUGUAGAUAACCUAUAUCUGAAAAAAGAAGGCCAAUACCUUCAAUCUGAAUUCUUUAUUUUUUAAAAUUUUCUGAUUGUGCUGCUUUCAGUCCUUUGACUCAAUAACUGUAACCUACAAUAGUUUCUGAGACCCGUAUGAAAAUAAAACUUGAUUUUAUGUUUGGAA